CGAGGUUAAUUAUGCGUUUGCGUGACAUUUGCUAUGAUGUCUCGCUUCUACUUGUAGUCAGCGCACCGAAGCAAGUGGCUGGUUGAGGCGGUCCGUCAGCAUUUGUCGACGAGGACACCGCGCCUGUCUCCUCUGCAGGCGUUUCAUCACGUCGCUGUAGGACGAGGAGGUGGUGACGGUUAAAGAAAAAAAAAAACAAGGAGCGGGAGAUGUCCAGGAGUCGUCUGGGCCACCUGAAGCCGUGCUGCGCUUGGUGCGAGGACAACCGCAAGGAUCUGAGGCACGCCAUAACCGUUGGCCACGUGCGCAAGGAGUUCUGCUCUGAGAACUGCUUGCACGAGUUCAAGCGUGUCUAUCUCAAGGUGGCCUGUGCCCUCUGUGAGAUAGUAAUCCGCGGUGCAUCGGUGCACCUAGAGGACCAUGGGCAGCUACGCGAGUUUUGCAGCACCGAGUGCCUAGACAAGUACCGCUUGAGAGACCCCACAGCCAUGGCCACUGCAGACCGGUCCAGCAAGCUCAAGCCUCAUGGAGGAAGCCAGAUUCAGUACCAGUAUGAAAGCUCUGGCUACUUUGACUGGGACGAGUACCUGAAGGAGACCAACUCCCAACCCGCACCGUCAACAUGCUUCAAACAGAACCCGGUGCCGCCCAAGAAUGAGUUUUGUGCGGGCAUGAAGCUGGAGGCCCAGGACCCGCGCAAUGUGACCUCUACAUGCAUCGCAACAGUGGUGGGCAUCCAGGGUCCCCGGCUGCGGCUGCGCCUCGACGGGGGCGACAACAAGAACGACUUCUGGCGAUUGGUCGACUCCCAGGAGGUGAAGCCCAUUGGGCACUGCGAGCGGGUCGGGGGAAUGCUGCAGCCGCCGCUGGGCUUUCGCAUGAAUGCCUCCUCGUGGCCCAUGUUCCUGCUCAAGACACUCAACAAGGCCGACAUUGCUUCCGAGUCGUACUUCAAGACGGAACCACCCAGCCCACGGAGCAAUGAAUUCAAAGUGGGCAUGAAGCUGGAGGCACUAGAUCGCAAGAACCCCCACCUCAUCUGUCCAGCCACUGUCGGGGCAGUCAAAGAUGACAUGCUAUUUGUCACCUUUGACGGCUGGCGAGGUGCCUUUGACUACUGGUGCCGUUUUGACUCCCGUGACAUCUUCCCGGUCGGGUGGUGCCGCCUUAGUGGACACCCUCUUCAGCCACCUGGCAACAAAGGAGCCAAAUACAAGGCCCGGCCGGGCAGUGCGGGCACCACAGUGGUUCCAGCAGCUGCCCUUGGCUCGCCCAGCAUUCCUCCACCUCCAAGGGUGCCCUCACCUCGGAACUCCACCCCGGCAGGCAACACGUCCACCCUGGCACCUGCUUCACCAGCAGUCACGGUGACUCGAGCGCGAACUGCCUUGUCGACGACAGGGACAGCCUCCAACAACAGCUCGAGCAGUGGUGAUACUACACGAGAGCAAGUCAAGCGAGUCAAAUCACCGCACGUACUGGUCACUGAGCCUGACACUAGCACAGUGGCUGCUAAGCAGAAUCCCACAGUGUGCGUGUAUGUGAACCACCAAUGCUCGUGUGGGCCCUACCUGGACCCGGCCAAGAUCGGCCAGCUGCCCCUUCAGCUGGGGCCAGGUUCCAUGAACCGGGUGCUGCGUGAGGCAGUGCAGGCCUGUGUGGAUUGCGCCCUGAAUGAGAAGAAUGUGUACAACCUUCUGCGCAGGGGUGAUGGCAAAGUCAUCAUAAAUGCCACCUUCGAUGGUCAGUCACACACGUGCCGCCUGCCAGCUGUGGACAAGGUGUCGGCCUUUUGGACCUACCUGGAGAACCUCUUUGAGGAACUGCUUUGCUGCGAGAACUUCUACUCCAGCCAGCCACUGCAGGGCGGUUGCACCAAGUGCGCCAGCAAAGCCCCCACCAAGCCACGAGUGGAUGACCAAUGUGGCACCUUUGCAGCAGUGGAGCAGUCUUCGGUGGAAGUGGCCAGGGCAGCCACAGUGCCUGUGAGCACCACCCCGAAUGCUGCUGCUGGGGCCAGUUUGGCAGCCUCCAAGCGGCGUCUGUCUUCAGAUGCUUCGCUCCCACCGCAGGCUGGCGCACCAGCUAAGAUCACCUGUGUCCGCAGCAACUCCACCGACACCGAAGCCAGCUCAACAACAAACCAUCACUCGGAAAGACCGCAGAGGCCCGUAGGGGUUCCCGUGGCCGCAGCGCUAAGCUCCCCUGCUGCCAAGCCUGGUCCCCCACCCUCGUCCCCGCCUUCCGAGUGGAGCAUUGAGGACGUUAUCCGGUACAUAUCCAGCCUGGAUGCAGCUCUGGCAACACACUCGGAUCUCUUUCGGAGACAUGAGAUUGAUGGCAGAGCAUUGCUGCUCUUGAACAGCGACAUGAUGAUGAAGUACAUGGGCCUCAAGCUGGGGCCUGCUCUUAAGAUCUGCAACAUCAUUGACAAAAUCAAGGGCAAGAGAGCACUGUGACCCACCUGCUUUCUGUGCUUCUGCUUCCGCCGCCGGUCUGCGCAUUCUGCAUCAUUGUUUUGUGAGCCAUUUGUGCUUGGGUGCUCCAGUGCAGGAGGUGUGCAAGUUGUGAAGCAUGUGGCACCGAGUGCAUCGGCUUCACGUUGAUUGCGACAACUGUCGGUGGCGAAGCCCUCAAAGUGCACUACAUGCUCCAAGGGAACUUGAUGUCAUGUCCUGUGUGAGUGACCUAGAAACUGUUCCCCACCUUAUUUUUUCUGAGCUUUUUUCUUUUCUUUGCCAGGUAUGUGUGUGGGGUCUUACAGUAGUGUUCUCUUCUUAGUGCUUACUGCCAAAGUGCCGGACUGUGUGUGUGGCAGACUUCCUUCACUGUGCCCUGCUGAACUGACCUGUGGGGCAACUUGGUUGACAAAACGGAAACGGGAGCCUUUCGUUUGAUUCCCUGUGCACAAAAAAUGUGGACGAACCAAUGAGCACAGUGUAACUGCAGCAUCAAACAGUGCAACAAGCUUAUCUGUAUUCAUCUUAAUUUAAGAAAGUGGGUGUUGCCAUUGUUGGUCCUUAUGCCAUGCUUUUCAUUGUUUGUGUUUUCUGUGAAGAAAUUGCGGUUUUGUAAAGGCAGCCACCAAAUUGCCAACUAGUUUUUCGGUUUCCUUCUUUUUCUUUUAUUCUUACUCACCUACAGUAUUGCACAAGGGCCAUUUCACCAUUUCACCUAUUUAUUUUUGUGUUACAAAAGGUUCCCAUGUGUCCAAUGUUUCUCCUUAUGUUUUGUACAUAGAAAUUCACCAUCCCAGCUUUUCGGAAAAGAAAAAUCGAAUGGCUCCUUUGCAGCAAGUUUUAUUGAGAUGUGUGCCACGAUGGCUGUCACUAGGUAUUGGCUGUUUCUUUCCUGUUUUAUGACAGCAUCAUUCAGUCAGUUUUCUUCUUCUUUUUUUUGUAUCUUUCAAGCUUGACCAAAAUAGCAUGACACGUGAUUUUGUGCACUCAAUGGAGCCAGGUUACAGAAUCAGUCUUAUAACUGGAGCAUGACAGUGGCCUGUGCGUUCUGGUCCCAUUUACUGUGGCUGAAUCAGUCGGCCCAGUGGGUAACAACUGGCAAAAGAUGAGGACCAAUUUUAGUGCCUUUAUUCAUGCUUUCCACAUACUGCAGCAGCAAAUACUCUGCUAUGCCUUACAAAGGUACAGUUAACUUAGGUAUCGUCUCGAGUGGUAAUGUUCCAGCAAGGCCACUUGUUGGUCUAGUGAAGCCCCUUAAAUACACGGAUAACCAGUACAGGCGCUGGGGCUGCUGCAUGUUUAGCUCAUCUGUCUGUGCUUAUGGAAACAACUGUGGGCACAUAAGCACUGGCAUUGACUAGUUCUGUUCACUGUUCAGUUCUUUUUUGCUCAGCAGCUCUGUUCACUUCCAGAAAGCACACGAUCUCCCAGUGGCUUGAGUGUUUGCGCUAGGAAAAUAUUGCUCAAUACAAGAAUGUGCGGGGGGGGGGGGGGGGGGGGAGGUAAAACUAAGUACCUUCUGAUGUUAAAACUCGUGGACAAAGUGCAAGUAAGUUUUUAGCUACACAAUUUCUGAUAACUGUAUGUCUGUGAUCAUCAUUUUGAUUUGUUUAAUGCCCCAUUGUGUUUUGGCUUAGCAGGUUGGAGUGCUGUAAAGAUUUGGCUUACUUUCUCUGCCUAUGUACACGAUCUCAAGUUUUGAAUAUUUCAAUUGCUCGGGACUUCUGUUUGGCUGGGCAGCUUUUGAUUGCCAAGGAAGACUGCCUUGAUGUGCAUACACAUUGCAGGCAGCAUGCUACUUCGAUAUAUGCAGUUGGUGUAGCUAUAGCUGGACACUUGCUGCUGAUUGCAUUUUAAUUCUGCAGAUUUAAAUUAAAUAAUGUAAGUGAUGUUUUCAUUAUGGUUUGCUACUGCAAAUCAGCUUUGACUCUACUCAUUCAGCUGAAAAGUGAUGGGCACAUGGAAGCUGCUGUACCAGUCAGGCCAGCUCUUCAAGGCACACCAAUCAACAAACAAAUGUGAGCUGAUGCCUUAGCCAGUGUCUUCAUCCCAUUGCUGUUGUGGUAGAACACUUUCUUGAGCAUAAUCAGUGCAGUGCUCUUGGUGCCACAGGGCUCUCUCGUCUCAAUUUACAGUUACCCUGGUAACAUCCCGACAAAGUACCAAAGUUGUUCCCCCUGCAGCCACCUCAUGGAACAGUGAUCUCUCUUGCGCUGUGGUUGUGCUAUGUUGCAAAUGCAUGCAUUGUGGGUGUGUCAAGCUGCUACUCGGAUUUUGACCACUGCUCUGAAUAGGCAACCCAACCAACUAGCCUGGUCACACACUUUUCUUCAUGCAGCGUAGGCUGCAGUGUCGGUUUGCUUUCCUUUUGUUUUUUUUUGCUGGUUAACAAGAAUGUAGCAUUUCCUCAGUUUGCAUUCAAGUUCUGUUGAAAGGAUGCCUUUUUGCAUUGGAACAUUUUAGGGAUUGCACAAAGACAGAAAACAUUUCAAUGUAAAGACUCAUCCUUUGAACACAAACCCAGCUUGUUAUCCUUAUUGCCAAGUUCUGUUUGUUUCGCUCAAAACAUGUGUCAAUGCAAAUUUCUUCAGCUUGCGUGUAGUUUUUCACUAACCAACGGUCAUGUGACCAGUACUUGUUGACUCUUGGGCACACUGUUUUGAAACACAAAACAAGGAAGUCAGCUUGAGAUGGCAGAUGCAAAAUUGUCCUUUAAGAGAGUUGUGUUCAAAACAACACGCCUCAAAGUCAACAAUGUGCAGUUAGCCGCAGUUGCUGAUUUGGUUACCUGGUUAUUGUUUUAUUUUGUUUGUAGCAAAUACGAGUUCCUUGUGUGCAAAUAAGCAUGCAUCAUGUGUGCACACAUAACUAUUCGUGUAUGGUAUGCACAGUAUACAAUCAUUGUUCCUAUCAACUAUAAUACUGGAGUAUGGUGACUGAGGGUAAAUGUGAUGACUCAUUGCUUCCCUUUCAAUCCACAUGAAUGCAUUAAAUGAAUCUGCCAUUAAGUGUACUGCUGUGCUGUGAACUCCCACCAAUUCAUUUCUAACAGGGCACAUCUGUUAGCCAAGUUACUCAUCAAAUUGAAAUGAAAAUUAAAUGUCCAAAUUUUUAUUGUAUUACUAAGAUUUAGUCAAGAGUUCAACGAAAUGCUGUCUGGUCAGGUAAAAUCAUUGUUAAAAAUGAAGGAGGUCACUGACCAAAGUAUAAAUUAAAAAACAAAGACCUUUUGGGGUCCAUAAGGAUCCCUUGUUCACCAUGGAAUGUCUACUAAGCAAAAGGUUCUUAGGUAGUGUUGAGUGCAUGAUAAGGGCAAAAUUGUCAUUGCUUGUUGAAGCUUAAAGGGACACUAAAGAAUACCAAGACAAUCUAGAUGGUUCUUGAACAGGUGUACCACACGUACAUAGCUGGUAAGCCAGAGAAGCCUUGACAGCCUUCACGCAAUGUGAAGGUUGCGAGUACGGUCCCCAACAGCUACAAGUUAUAUUUUUGUCCACUUUUAUUUCCCCUUUUCAUCAUUAUGUUUUGCAUUUCAAUUUCAACCACGGCUAAUAGCCCCAAUGCUUUCAUUGGCUUCGUUGCCUGCUGGCUUUACUUGGUCAUGAUUAACAAAAAUUGAGCCCCUCCAUUUUCCUUCUCCUUGUUUGAACUACAUAUAGGCCGUUCUGCACUAGCUGCCUGUGAUGACGUGGAUUUGGACAGCGUUUGCUGCGGACUAAGGAAAACUUUGUUGAUAAACAAGUAUAUUAAAUGACAUAAAAAAAUAUACAGACUAAGCAAGUUUUCUGCAUAGAAAUGUUCCGUAAACACGAAGAUAAACUUGAAAGCCAUGACGUAAUGCUGUCUCAGUGGUGCUGUAAUUUGGGUGCAAUAUUCAAAAAGGGAAGCUCCUGCAUUCAUAUCCUGUGCCCUUUCGUUAAGUGCCCUCUAAAUUUGGCACUUCACGAUUUAACACUGAUGUAAAGUGGCUCUUAUUUAUUUAUUUAUUUAUUUAUUUAUCGGAGUACCCACAGCGCUUGUGUGGCAUUACAGUGGGCAGGUAUAUUCAGCAAAAGAUAGCUAAGACAAGCAGAUGAAGGAAUUAACACAUUUAGGAGGGCAGACAAUGCAAUCAUCAAAUACGCAUUUGGCAACCAGUAAAUUGUGAACGGUGUAGUGUAAAAGGUUAGCGUUCUCUUACCUUUUAAAGUCGCCUGCAAAGCAUGCAUUUACAGUGGUAGCAAAGCAUUAGUGUUGCACGAAGUAAUGCUCUGGGAUUAGUAAAUGUUUGCUACUAACUAAACUUGCACAGGUCACGCACACACGAACAGAGUGGCCUUUAUUGUCACGCUUUUCAUGGCAUGGUAAGGAACGCCUCUAAUGGGAAGAGCAUUAUCAACUGCAGCGAGACUCCUAAACAUCACGUUAUAGGUGUUCUGUGACAUCACUGCGUCCAGGAAGCAUCAAGGCAAUGGAGGAAGGAAAAUGGAGGGCACAUUCCAGAUGGGUAGAUGUUUGGGCUGGUACAUCAUUGAGAAGUUAAACUGGCACAGAAUGUAAGAAAGGCAUGGACAACAUGAGCGCUGACUUACAACCAAAAUUGCAAGGAAGCCCUCUGCCCCCGGCAUACCGUUGCGCAUGUGCAAAAAAUAGCAACCACUGAAAUUUUUUAUCGUAGAUGCUGAUAAAACACGAGCUUAACCCUUUCAGGCGCUGUGUUCACAGUUGUGUAUGCCAAGGUUGGGCAUGAACAGCAAUCGCAUUGAUGAGCGCAAUAUUUAAAAUGUGUCUCAUACUUCUUGAAACAAUGCUGAUUGGAAUUGUGCUGCAAGUUUGAAUAACAUUCAAAAAAUGUUUUAGUAUGAGGGGGAAGGUAGAUGGGCAAAUAUUUUUACUCGCUGUGAUUAUGUUGUAUGUAGUUGGUUCAUUUCGUUCAUUGUUUUUUAUAAUGUGUUGUAUCAGACAUGAUUUUCAAAUGGCUAGACAUAACAUAGUUGAUGUUCUCCUA